AUGGCGGCCGGCAUCUGGUUGGGUCCCAAAGAUGAUGGUGACAAUCGUCCAAGCAAGCUGACUCGAUUUGAUUACAUAACUUGUGUGUUUGCAGCCAUGGGCGGCUUGAUGUUUGGAUACGAUAUCGGUAUCUCUGGUGGAGUAACGUCUAUGGCAGAUUUCUUGAAGAAGUUCUUUCCAACCAUUUUCCAGAGAGACCCAGUAGAGAGGUCUGGUAACCAGUACUGCAAAUUCAAUAGCCAUACUCUAACCUUGUUCACAUCGUCUCUAUAUUUGGCAGCGCUGGCCUCAUCAUUGAUUGCGUCAUGCGCGACCAGAAGGUUUGGGCGGAAAAUAUCUAUGCUUAUCGGUGGCUUGGUUUUCUUGGUUGGUGCGGUUUUUAAUGUUCUUGCAAUGCAAGUUUGGAUGCUUAUAGUUGGUCGGCUGUUGUUGGGCCUUGGAGUUGGUUUUGCAAUUCAGUCUGUGCCAAUCUACGUAUCAGAAAUGGCUCCCUACAAACACCGUGGUGCUCUCAACAAUCUGUUUCAGUUAUCUAUCACCUUGGGCAUUUUGAUAGCCAAUGUGGUUAACUACUUCACAGUCAAGAUUCAUGGUGGAUGGGGAUGGCGCGUCAGCUUGGGCGGAGCUGCAGUCCCGGCCAUCUUUCUAUCAGCGGUGGCAUGGAUUCUUCCCAACACUCCAAACUCGAUGAUAGAAAAGGGUGAGCUUCCGCAGGCCAGAGAGAUGCUCCGUCGCAUACGUGGGGUUAGCGAUGAUCGGAUUGAAGCAGAAUUCAGAAAUCUGGUUGCUGCAAGUGAGGCAUCGAAAGAAGUAUUGAACCCCUGGAGAAAUCUCCUCCAAAGGAAAUACAGGCCUCAGUUGGUAAUGUCCAUCCUUAUCCCGGCCUUCCAGCAACUCACCGGCAUCAAUGUGGUUAUGUUUUAUGCUCCAGUGCUCUUCCAAUCACUGGGAUUUGGGAGUAAUGCUUCACUAUUCUCAGCAGUUGUCUCUGGCCUUGUCAAUGUUGGUGCCACCCUUGUGGCUGUUUAUGGCGCUGACAAGUGGGGCAGGAGAAAGCUUUUCCUAGAGGGUGGAAUCCAGAUGCUUGUUUUCCAGGUCGCACUAGCAGUUCUUAUUGCACUUAAAUUUGGAGUAACAGGGACAGCGAGCCAUUUGCCUCACUGGUACUCCACCGUUGUAGUGGUGUGCAUAUGUGGCUACGUUGCUGCUUUUGCAUGGUCAUGGGGACCUCUGGGAUGGUUGGUGCCCAGCGAAAUUUUCCCACUUGAGAUUCGAUCGGCAGCACAGAGUAUAGCAGUUUCAGUCAACAUGUUAUUCACCUUUCUUGUUGCAGAGGUCUUUCUCAUCAUGCUUUGCGGCCUUAAGUCUGGCUUCUUCAUUUUCUUUGCAGCUUUGGUGGCUAUUAUGACAGUCUUCGUCUAUGUGUUUGUGCCAGAAACUAAGAACAUACCAAUUGAGAAUAUGACAGAGGUGUGGAAGAGGCAUUGGUACUGGAAAAGGUUCAUGCCUGAGCAGGACAAUGUUUUGGAAUUUUAUCGUUCUGUUGUGAAUGCUCUUGGACUGCCUUUGGAUGUCGGCAACUGCCCGGGGAAAGGCAACCCAAAGUGA